GUUCGAAAAGACGCUAAAGCGUACGCUGCAUUCCGUGACGACGAGUUUGUGGACGCUGGCGACGUUGUCACGGUUGGUGUUGAUCUGAGAUGUAAGCAGCACGUCAAUGCCAUCAGCAACAGGCCCGAAGAAUCUGCAGAGCAGAGCCUGGUCAACGGUGAUGUCUGCCGCAUAAUGCACCAAGCGACCAUGAGGACAGGGCAGCAGGUGUCAAGUCAAUGGGUGUGUGAGCUUUUGCCUGGAACGCAUGUCAAGAUCUUGGAGGUUGACACCAACGCCAAGGUUGGGCGGCAGCGUGCUUUGGUGAAAACCCAGCUAGCCUAUGUGACGGGAUGGAUGAGCAUACGCACUGCGAGGGGGAACUAUUUGGUCGAAAAGGUUCUUCCAUGUGAGGAUGUUGGAUUUGACUCGCCGGAUUCGAGGCAAGUCUGUGGAUGUGAUGCGCGCUCAGAUCCCGUUGGUGUGGCAAAUGUUGCAGGAGCUUUAGCUAUUCAUAUAAAGCAUCAACCGGACUUCGGGACGCUGACCUCAGCAGAUUUUGUGAUAUCGCAGAGAUUUCAGUCAUUAUUUAGAUUUGCAAGUGGCAGUGAUUCGGCAACCCUUGACUCGCAGAGACUGCGGUGGAGCUUAUGGGGAACGGUAAGUCCAAGCAAGAGCCCUCCAGAAGGGCUCGCCAUCCUUUCCGUUGUGCUGCUGCAGAUUCGAGGUGCGCUCAUGCAGAUGCAUGACGUGUUCUGGCGCUUGCAUGAGGAAUUUGUGUGUUUGGAGGAUGCUGAAGCCGAAGCUUUGUUCAACGCACCUGGUGAAACACAAGCUGCUGCCAUGAAAGCAAAACAGCUGAGCGAAAAGUGUCAAUGCUCUGUGGAUUUGAUGACGCUUCCGAGUUCAACCUGGUUUACCCACCUGCCGAAUCCAGCUUCUAUGAUUGUAGACCUUGAGAAAGGUGAGCAUGCUCUCAAAGAGUUGCAUGGCGAAGUUGCAAAACUGACUUCGCAAAGGCGCACUCUGGUUGCCAGGGUUAAAGCUGCGGUGGAAGCUCGAGCAGCUACCGAAGCGGUGUCUGCUGUUGUUUUGCUGGCAGACGCUCUGAGACCAGACAGGCGCUUGGAUUUUCCUUUGGUGACGGAGUUGUGCGAGCGAGCUACCAGCGAUCCAACGGAGUUGAUUGACACGGUAAAUGCAUUGGCAAGUGUCUUGGAGGAGAGCGAGGAGUUGCCACGGCGUCUGAAGGCGCUUACCGUGGCUAACGAACUCAUGUAUGACGAUACUGCUCGCCAGGCGUUUGCUCGAAGGCCGGGAUUUCUGGAGACACUUCUGCAGCCAAUGUCGUUUCCGUCUAGCGACGCGAGUCCCAACAUUGCUUUGGACUUGGCUGCUGCCAAUGCUCAGCUUCUGACGACCGAAAUUGUGCGACGUGUGAACGCAGAGGCAGGUGUGAUGAAAGCCGGAUGUCUUCCUCUUACAGCGAACCCGACCCUCGCGGCGCCAACCUGGCUCAUGUCAGUUGCGCACACGCCCAGUCGGCAAACUGGCCAAGCAGAGCAUUUGCUGUCCUGGCCACGUGCUCGCGUUUCACUCUGUUCCCUGCGAACAAGCCUUCGUGGCAAUGCUACAAAUGUCCAGGAUGCAACCGGAAUACUGGAUCAAGUCUAUCGUCACUUGGAUGAAGCAGCUGUCCAUGUCUCAAAACUGCGACAGUCGCUGGAUCACACGAUUUCGCCAGAUGUUGGGGAACUUAUUGAAGAUUUCUUGUCGUCUGCCAAACAUGUGAACUCAAGCAUUUUGGAGUGGAAGUGUCGGGCAGUCGAUGCACUUGAUGUCAAAGAGGCUAUCCUCCAGUUGGAGCAUUCCAUGCUGCUACAACCAAAGUCGGCCAAAAGGGGAUGUGUUGCAGAGGCAUUCCAGUGCUGGCUGGUGGUCCUUGUUCCCGUAAGACCAGACGACAUGGUCGAGGACAGCUUUGGCCGAGUGAAGCCACGCCCGGGUCGCAAUGUUCAUGCGGGAUACGCGAACGACGAUGACGAACCUCCCCCACUGGUCCCCGGUAGUGGUUUUGGCACGUUUGGAGGCCUAGGUGGAAUCCGUGGCUUCAGCACGCUGGGCAGUCUUGGAAGCAGGGGCCUGAUAGCUCACAAGGCCGAAGAGGGGAUGGUGAGCCAAAACGUGGCUCUUACAACCUAUCCGGUCUGGGAGAUGCCCUGGCAGGCAACAAGCAGUGAUGAGGAGUUGGAAGAGGAUCCAUCCAUCAGUUAUGAAGAAGUCACCGGAGCAGACCUCGGCACGGCGCGGCUGAGGGAGGUAGAACGAAAUGCUGAUGGUCCAGGGGAAUUGGCACGCCGAAGGCAAGAACUCAUGUUGGAGGUGCAAAGUGCAGUGCUUCCGAAGUACGGCUUUGAGGGUUCCCGCGCAGGAGACCAAGCCGGCUGGGGUGUACAAGAUGAUGGCUGCCAUGGGGUGUCCCUGCCCAAGGCUGUGACAGUUGUGUGCACCGUACCUGAGUACAUGUCAUGGGUGCUGGAAGACGAAAGUCGUCCGCAGGGCUCCUCGGGCUGCGGUCACCUCCGGAGACUUGGCGGGGCCUUUCCAAAGCCUGCGCGAGGGCCAGUAAGGAGCAGGCCUCUAAUGGCCUGGAUGAAAUUCAGAGUGCCUAUACAAAUGGCAAGGACAAGGAGACCUUUGACAACGUCAAGGGGAUUCCUCAGCCAGGGGUGUGGCCAUCAGGAAAGAAGCCCCCAUUCAGGCUCUCCAUCGCAGCAGGUUGGAACAGUUUCAUGCCCGAUACCAUGGAGUGGGAAGACGGCCUCUUUGUGUUCCCGAUGGAAGUUGGCGAUGAUGGUUGGGACUGUUUCCAGCUUCUUGAAAAUGGCAGCCAUUACCUUGGCUUGCAUUCGUUCACUUCACGACAACUGUUGGGACCGCGUCAUCUAUCCGAGCAUUGAUGAGGCCGGCGCGGACGACAAGUACACUGUCUGUGGGCCCGACGACUCUGGGCAGAACAGGAGUUGGCAGAUUGGAAAAACGGAAACCGAGGAGGCCACGCCAGGCUCUCACUUCGUCGUGUGCGUAUCCCUGGACGAGAAGGGGCUGGUGAACUGCGCCUUGUGGAGACCGAAAGUACUUUUUGCGUGGGAGCGGCAUCGCGGGCCAGCGCCCUUUCUCAGCAGUCACCGUGUGCCAGAUCGGAUCCGAGAUGCUGUGCCGUUGCGAAACCGCGCUCCUCGCACAGAUUGGCCGCAGGAUGUGAUGAUCAUUGGUAUUUGUCCAAAAGAUGGGGCUGGUAUUGUGAAAUUCCGCUGGUACACGCGCAAGAAUUCUGUGCUGACCAAAGAAUUUCUCGUUCCUAGAGGACUUCCUGGCGAGGUGGUCACUGUUGAGUUUGGCAAAGUUGUGGAGAAGAAAUACCCCAGAGGGGACCUCGAAGUAUACGUGAACCCCAAGGUUCAGACAAUCCGAAGCAGUCGCUACGAAGUGCGCCCACUAUGCCCUCACUAUAGUUCCUGCGGUGGCUGUGAUUUCCUGGACUUGACGUACGGGCGUCAGCUGAUAGAAAAAAUGCGCUGGAUUCAGCAUGCACUCGGACAGGGGAAAACCCCUAUCGGGCACUUAGAACGGAUGCGUCCCUCUUCGCCCCAACAUCGGUACGCAUAUCGCAUAGAAUGGAUGCUUCACGAAGAUGACGGCGACGUGUUCAUUGCCCCCCCUGGCUACGCUCCACAUGCUCGUCCCGCAGGUGAGUCUCUCCAUGGCUGCGUUUUGGCCCCUCAAGCCGCUGUCAGGACGUUGAGCAUUUUCUCGGAUGUUUUCAUGGAACUUCGCAAGUCAAGGAGAACAAGCUACAGCAUCUACAACGAUGUGAGAAGUUGGGGGACUUUCCGAAGUGUCAUGGCUUUCACAGCAAGAGGCGCCCCACGCACAGACAGUCGAAGGCGGACUGAAGUUUUGCUGAACAUUGUGCUCGGCAAUGAGGUAGGAAACGUCCAGGAGGUCUUGGAACCUUUGGCGAGUGCCAUUGUUGAAAGGGCUCCUCGGAGCCUGGUUGGCAUCGUGGCAAACGUCGCCAGAUCCAGGCGUGCAAUGAUGGGUGGACGGAGAGAGGUGUUGCUUUACGGGCGGCGCUACGUGCACCAAUCUUUCGAAGUUCGCCUUGAUGGUGAUGUGCACCGUUUCUUGCUAGAGAUUGGUGCUGGAUCUCGUUUGGCAGCUCACGGCGGGAUGCUUCAAGAGUUAAGCGAAACUGUGGUUGCCAUGUGUGGCUUGAUGGACACAGAUACUUUGUGGCACUGCUUCUGCAGUGGAGGCGAGCUAAGCUUAGCCCUGGGGAAGCUUUGCCAGCACGUUGUCGCCAUUGGGACAUCAGCAACAGAGGUUGGAGAGCUGAAGAGAAAUUUGGCUGCAAAUACUGUUGCCAAUACCACCACAGUGCUUUGCAACCUCAGGAGCCCAUUCACCCUGAAGCAGCUUUCCUUCCAUAUCUCGCAGUCGCAGCAACAGCGGCUUUUGUUGGGUACCGGGGAAGAGCAGGACAAGGCUCGGGAGUACGCGCUCACAUGCUUCGUGCCAGGUGAGAGCCGUCGACGCCAAAUGCAAAGACUUACAGCUGCACCGUUCAACGCCCCAUUGCUGCGCAAAGAUGCCAUGGCACACCAAGAACUACAGCUGCUUUUGCCGGCCUUUGUUCGAGACUUCCGACCUGCGCUUACGACCUUGCCUGUCCCAGUGGACAGGCAAGCGGACGCAGAACAUUCCCAGCCAGCUCGCGAGGUGCCCCCGGAAAUGGAAACCAGACUGAAGCGCUUGUAUCGCAGACUGGCGUUGAAGUAUCAUCCUGACAAGAAUCCCAACGAUGAGGACGCGUCAGAGCGUUUUCAGGCCCUGACGAGAGCUUACAAGGCAUUGGUUGGAGAAACGGCAGGAACUGAAGAUGGGGAUCAAGAUGCUAUUGACCCCUUCCUUGUUGCUAAGGCCAGUUCCUACAGAGUAAAGUCAAAAAACUUUUGGAGGUAUGAGCGAACUGCUCGCAAAGCUCAGCAGCAGCCAGACAGUAGUGACACGCCAGAAGGAGAAGAGCAAAAAGAGGACUCAGAUGAUGUGGCAGCGAAGGUGUCUGAGGCUUUUGGCGGCUCAGAGGACGAAGGUGAAAAUGAAGACUGGGAUGUGGAAGGUGGAGAUUCGGAUGUUGAGAUAGAAAUCGAAAUCGACAGCGCCUGGGCACAAGCCCCCCUGUCGUCCAUCCCUGAGCCUCCGCCGGCGCGUAUUAGCAAAGCCACAAGCUCAGCUACGGAUGUUGUGCUACCAGACGGUGAUACAAGACUGGCCCAGGUGGGCACUGAUUCACCACCUCCUACCCUGCCGCCUCCAGAUGUAGUUCUGGUAUGUCAGCCACGAAACCGAAAGAAGGGCCGGGGUACUCCUGGCUAUUUCCACAGUUGGUUGAGAUCGACAGCUGCUCGCGCCAUUGUCUAUGUCUCCGUUGAUGCAUCAGCCUUUCGAGCCGAUGCUGCGAACCUCAGGGAGCUCGGAUACCAUGUUACGAAAGUUCAACCUUUCGAUCCCGAGCCACACCGCAAACCCAUCCUUGUGGUUGCCAGAUUUGAGCUCAUCCGACCACUUGAGGGCCUGGAAGAGUAUACAGACCACACCGAGCGUUUGCUUCCAGGCAUGCCUGAUCUUUUGCCAGAUGUUCAGCCUGUUCUUGUGGCUGGGGGCUACCGUCCAGGCCCGGCGCCUCCACCGCCCGAGCUGCUGAGGUACAAGAACGCUUUAUAUUUGAUCGUGGUUGGUUACACCGUCAUUCUUCUUAUGUCGCUGUCAGCCGGAGCAUUUAACUCUGGAAUCAAUUAUGUCUUCGUAUUGGUGGCUGCUGCUUCCAUGGCAUCCAGAUCUGACCAGUGCAUGAGCACCUGCAUUGUUCCAUUCUUUCUCUUGGCCUUCAUCUCCUUGUUUUUCGACAUCCUGAACUUGAUCUCCCUCAUGGCAGAAGCAUAUCCUGGAGCGGGCAACAUGUUUUCCAGCGAUUGCCCCAAACCCUUGGAAGCCAUUCUGCGGAAAAACACCACCAUCUAUCUCAACGACGCGGCCGUAAAUGGCACGGCCCCGUACAUCAUUCCCGCAGACACGAAGGUAGACAUCCCCCGCAACUUGUGCAGCAAUGCAUGGGUGGUCGCGAAUGUGGCCAUGCUUUUGGGUGUUCUUUUGGAUUUCGUGGCGACGCGAGUUGGUUACAGGAUGUUUAAGACAAGUGUAGAGCUGAUGCAGGGCCAGGGCCAGGCACAGGAGCCCCGCCAGUUGAAGAUGAUGAAGUGGAGUUGUUCACUGUCAAGGACAAUUUUUGUUUGA